AUGGAUGGAUACAAUAAUGGCUGGUACCAUCAUCAUCAACAUCACCAUGAUCAUCAUCAACACCCACAGCAGCAGCAGCAGCAGCAGCAACAACAACAACAGCAGCAACACCAGCAACAUCCAUACCAACAGCAACAACAACCGUACUACGGGCAUCACCAUCAAUACCAAAGCCAACAUCAUCAGUACUCGCAGCAGUACUCACCGAAUUAUCUCUAUCGAUUUUCCCUUCAGGGCAUGGAAAAAAAAUCAAAAGCAGUAUUAUACUUCGAUUUUCAUUACGAAUUGUUCGAGAAAACUGGUGAUUUGAACAAUACUCAACAACAGCAGCAAGCGCAGCAGCAGGCGCAGCAGCAACAGCAACAACAGCAGGUCGGCUCGCCGGGAAGCGGAAAUGUAGGGAAGGGCAGUCCAUCUCCCGGUAAUUCGUCUUCCCCCGGAACGGUCACUACUUCCAACAAGACCCAAACGGAACCGAAACCGGUGGAGUGCAAUCUGUGCCAUCGAAAAUUUAAAAACAUACCGGCCCUUAAUGGCCAUAUGCGACUCCACGGCGGUUACUUUAAAAAGGAUGCGGAGAACAAGAAGAGCGAGAAGAAAGAGGUCGUUGGGCCACCUCUGCAGACGGCGUCCGUCAGCGUGAGAGCGCUGAUCGAGGAGAAGAUCAUACAGAAGAGAACGACAGUGGACGCGAAUGGCAAUCAGCAACCUCGUACGAAUACUACCGCUUUCACCACACAAGCCGAUGCCGUUUCGCAAACCGUCGUCAAGACGAAUUUUGCGGUUCCGGCUCCGCCGCCUUUGGCGGCGGGGGAAAAGGUGCGUCGGUUUUCCGAUGGUGAACACUUCCGGCAGCCCAAUGUCACCGUGGGCCACACAACUGUACAGAAACACUUGCAGGAAACAUCAAAAACUCAAGCUCAAGCACAAGCGCUUGCCGAUAUGAUCCUGAAGGGUACGAAGGUGGCUGUGAAGAGAACAAUCUCUGAUCCGGGACAAAGAUUACACUUGACUUAUCAGCAGCCUGUACAAUCAGCGACGACCAACCAACAACCGAAUAAUCAGCAGCCACAAGCACAACCUGCGGUAACGGAAAGCUUUACGAUGACGGGAUACGCCGAGGACGGUGGUUACUUCAGCCCAAGUCUGCAGGACGAAGUGUUUCAACAGGUUACAACGGUUCCUGAUAGCGUGCUCCUACACGCUACCCAUUUGGAUUCGAUUCAGUUUCAGACGGCCAAUCUGUUGCAAGAACAAUCUAACGAACAGCUGCAAGAUAUCACACUGGAGGACAGAUACUCCUCGCAGCACACAGUCAAUCCAGAUCUUCAAGCGUUGGUGAAUUCGCCGUUACCCGAUUCCCUGGCCGAAUUUAGUACUUACGCCGCGCAAUACACGGAAAGUCCUCAUACGUUACCAACUCAAUCACCCCUACCGUCGCCUUUAACGCGACACGAUAGCCCGAGCUUUACGUACCCGACGCCACCGGCCAGCCAGGAAGGCUUACUCACCGGAAGCCUGCCGCUGCUAAGUCCUCAGGAAGACCCGGAGAACGUGAGACACGUGUCAUCACCGCUCUCGGCGGCAUUUUACACCACCACGAUGUCAUCUGCUGCAGCGGUGGAGGAGGCGUUGAACGAAGUGUUACCGGGUGAAUCCGAGGCAGAUGCGGACCUUUACGGGUCCGGUUCGCCAAAUCCGCACUCGCCACUGCCAAGCCCGUUGUCGGCGACAUCGGCGCCGUCGCCGCUGCCACCGUCCUCUGUCUCGUCGCCGGGACCGGUUACCUUUACAGGCACGAACUUUCCCGUGUCGCCGCAUAAUGCGCUUCAAAAUCAGAUGAUGCCGAACUCGGAGGAUCCUUUGCUUUCCUCGACCUCGAAGGACUUUGCCGCCUCCGGUCGUAGACGAUUCGAGUUCCAAUCGUACAAAGUAAUCACGAGCCAAAACUUGAUGGACUUCGGUCUUGGAAACGGCAGCGUAGCUGGUAUCGUCGUCGACAACAACGGCGACGUCAAACUGAUACAGACAGCGGGUCUGCAGAAGGCGAAUGUGUACGUGCAGGCGGGUUCUCUCAGUCCUGCACUGACAUUCAAGAAGGAGAUCCGCCUAACGACACCAAAAAUCGAACCCGUCACCGUGAAUCUCGGCCUAAACGUUCAAACGACAAAUCAGCAGCAGUGCAACGCGGGUCAGUUUAAUCAACAGCAAAUUGUUAACCCAGCCAAAUUUUUUAUUCAAAAUAAUCACACGACGAAAAACAAUAUCUUGAGACAUAAAACGGUCACCGGAAAUUUACCGAUACCCAUCGAUCAGAUCAAACAGGAGAUGUUAGAUGAGGAUGUGUUUCUCAGUCCUGGCAGUUUACCCGCCAGCAGUCCUGUGCGACACUAUCGGAAGAGGCCACGCAUGGAUAGCGGCCAGUACACCAGCAGUUCACAUUCUUAUCCAUCGCGUUUGCGAAAAGCUUGCGACCGCCAUUGGGACAGUAGUUACACACCGCCACCGAUUCUAGACCCAUCUCGUCCUGGUCCGGGGCUGUACGCGAGAUUGCAUCAACACGAGAGAGAUUCGGACUUUAGUUCAGACGAUUCUCAAGGAAACGACGGUCCACCGCCAAGAAUCAACAUCGGCACGAGGUAUCAAGCCAUGAUACCUCCGGUGGAAUAUGACGGAGACAGAGGAAACGACGGACCCGAAGCCGAUCAUCUUUUAUGGGAUCCCGGCAUAAACAAUGUGCUCACGAACACUGAAUUGGAGAUGUACCUGCAAUUCGCGUGUUGCGCUGCAGUGCCGGGUGGUGGUAGGAACAAGGAAUAUGCGCUUCAUCUGUUGCAUAUGUGCAAAGGGAAUAUUCAUGAAGCGAUGGUGAAAUUGAUGCGACCAACGCCUACACUACCAAUGGAGCAUCCUCUACUCAGUUACGAGUGCCACGAAUCCGAUAGAUGGACGUCACAUGAAAUGGACGCGUUCUAUCAGGGACUGCUCAAGUACAACAAGGACUUCUCCGCGAUUUCGCGGGACGUCGGUGCCAAGACUGCGAAACAAUGCGUGCAGUUCUACUACCUUUGGAAGAGGCUCUGUCCUGACGAGUACAAGAGUCUGCGUAUUUGUCAUGGAAAAGCGAAGAUCAAGAGCGAAAUUAAAGAUAGCAAAGAUACCAAAGAGCUACGCGACGCCAUCGCGUCCGUGUCGGAAAUGGACUUUAGUGAAGACAAAUCAAUCCUUCAUCGUACACUGCUACAAUCAAGCGGAAGAGAAAAUUCGGCGACUCUGACCACUAGCGAAGGAGAGCUGAGGUUAUUCGCAUACGACUGUACAGAUAGCUUUAGCGGAAGUGUAACAGUAACGAUGGCCGGAAGCACCCAAACCGCCCAAAUCGGCAAUACCAGCCACGCCACAGUCAACACCAACUCACAAACUCACACUAGUUCUGAGCAACAACUACCCGUGCCUACCCCACUUCACUACCCCUGCAAGAUUUGCGGGAAGUAA